AUGCCUCCCUACGACGAGUGGAAUACAGCCGACGACGACGAAGAUGAGGAGCUCUUUGACCAAUCCUUAUACGAGACGCGACGCGACGUGAUCCUCUUCGCAAUCGACUGCUCAGAGUCCAUGCACAAGCUGUACGACGACGCGCGCUUCGAGGGCGAUGUCAAGUCAAGUAAUGUGCUGAUGGCGCUCGAAGCUGCUAUGCAAAUCCAGAAGAAGAAGGUGCUGGUCGGACCGAAUGACUCGGUUGGGGUACUGUUCUACAAUACGACUGCUAGUAACGAGAAAGGGAGCGGGACUCAACUGAAGAAUGGCACCUAUGUCUACCAACCCAUCUCAUCCAUCAGCGCGGAGCACAUCAUGGACCUAUCUGCGUUCAUCUCGGAGAUGCAGGAAAACCCAUCUAAAUUACAAGAAGCCUACCCACCGACAUCCUCGCCAGUCGCACUGGGCGACGUUUUUACAUCCUGCAACUGGGUGAUGCGCGACGGAGCGCCCAAGUCCGCGACCAAACGCAUAUUUCUUAUCACCGAUGACGACAACCCGCAUUCAAGUAAAGGACGUGAGAGGCUCAUCCUAACCGCGCGCACGACGCUUGUGGAUCUUGUACAGAGCGGCAUAACUGUUGAGCCAUUCUUCAUUGCGGGAGAGAAGGGGUUCGACAAGACGCUGUUCUGGACGGACGUCCUUCUUCCGACUCGAGUUGAUGGAGAAGAUGAAGAGGAUGAAGACGUCGGCAUACUGCCUUCAUCGCUCAGUAUCACUCGCAUCGACGAGCUUCUGAAUCAGAUGCGCGUCUACGAAGUACCCAAACGAUCGCACUUCUCGAUCAACUUUCAGCUUGGGGAAGGUUUCGUCAUAGGCGUCAAAGGUUACGGACUUGUGGCAGAACAGAAGAAGGGCGCGUAUAAGUACUUCGCGGAUCUAGGAGAUAGAAUGGAGGUUGUAGACACACGUACUGCGUACGUUGACGAGGAGAGAGAAGGCGAAGUCGACAAGCCGACGGUGUUAUUCGGCAUGACGCUCGGUGCGACGGCUGACGACAAAGAUGCAAUAGCGCAUGGUUUUGGUGCGAGGAAAGUGCCACCUACAAAACGGGUAUUCUACACCAAGGAAGAAGUUCGCUCAUUUCGCACACUGGGCCUGAGUCCGGGCUUGAAACUUCUGGGGUUCAAAGACCGCACCGAGCUCGGAUUCGAGGACAACGUGAAGCACUCUCUCUUCAUCUAUCCUGACGAGACAAACUACGCUGGCAGCAAGCGGACUUUCUCCGCGCUUCUCAAGUCGUUGACAUCGAAGGACAAGAUCGCGAUCGCACUGGGUCUCGUACGUUCCAAUGCAACACCUAUGAUCUACGCGCUUCUUCCGCAACAGGAGGUAUAUGAAGAGGGCGAGUAUCUUGAGCCUGCAGGGAUGCACAUGGUGCCGUUCCCGUAUGCGGACGACAUCCGCGCUGCACCAAUAACAGAGGGGCAACGCGCGAGCAAGGACCUCAAGGCCAAGAUGGAACCCAUUGUACGCAAGUUGAAGACCAAAGCGAAUGUGUAUGACCCCGAUUCGUACCAGAACCCCUCGCUCGCAUACCACAAUGCUCAGCUAGAGGCGGCCGCAUUCCGUGAGGAAUAUGAUACGGAGCAGUUUGAGGAUGGGACGUUGCCAAGCUAUGUGGGUAUGAUGAAGAAAGCCGGCGAUUUGAUCAAGGAGUUCAAAGAGGCGCUCGCCGAGGAUGACAGCGCGCAUGUAACCAUCGCCGCCGUGGAACCACGGGGGACGAAGCGCAGAGCUGACGUCAACGUUGACACCGCAGAAGUGCGUGCGAUGUACGAUGACGGCAACUUGGGGAAGUUGCGAGUGGAUCAGAUGAAAGACUUCCUCAAGAGCAAGAGCUUGCCCGUCAGUGGGCGGAAGGCCGACCUUGCCGAGAGGAUACAUGAUUGGUUUGAGAAGAAUCCCGAAUAG